AUGAACUUUGUGCUCUUUCUUUUCAAGGAUACAGAAAAACAGUCAUUGCAAACCAUGGAUGAAAUUUACAAGGUUGCUUCCACAGAAAGGGUCCGACAGUUGGAGAAAGAACUGGCUGUGCAGUUGGCUGAACUGAAGUCUGAAAUAGAAGAACAGGGAAUUCUUCAGGGAACAGCUUCCAGAGCUUACAGCUGGCAAGGUGGCGUCCUACAUGUGUUCCAGAACGACCUUGCAGUGUUUGCAAAGUUCCACCUUGAGAAAGUAGCCUCUGUACCUGGGUGGCUGUCUGUUGAUGUGCCCAAAAUUCAGGGCUCUGUUCAAAUACCAAAGGACAUGUCUUACUUUAGAAGAGAAAGAGAGCUGGCAUUAAAGAAAACUUUACAGGUGGCUGAGCCAAAGGCCCUUGUAGUUCAAGCAGAUGCCAUGCAGAGGGAGCUAGAGAGCUGCCUAAGAAGAGAGUACACGCCUGAAAAUUUACCUUUGCUUCUGUUGCAGAAACAAGUUGCCUACAUUAUGCAGGAGUAUAAUGAUGCCCUUCAGAGAGCUGAACGAUUGUCUGUUGCCCGAGAAAACUUACUUAUGGGAAAAAGCAACCCUCCCAACUUAGUGACCCAGGAAGACCUGACCAUUUACACAAAAUGGCUAGUGUGUCACCUGCACUCACUCAGGACUGUUCACCACUAUCUGCAGGCGCUCCAGUAUCUGCCCAUUUCCAAAGUGCUGAGUGUAACUGUUGAUGAAGUGCCUGAAGUUGAUGAGAAAAACGAGAAGGCCCGUGUUGUAGACACUGACUCUGACAUACAGGGUUCUGUAUCUCCAGGCCCUACAGAUACCAGCAUUUUAGGACUGAUGGGAACAGAAGCUCCUUUUGUCUUACCUCAACACACGACAGAAACAGAAGACCUGAAACCUCAGCUGAGGCGCCUUCUCUCCCAUUUCAAUAUCCCCUACGAUGUGGAGGAGCUAGUGGGUGCUGCUAAGGAAAUGGAACUUUUUUCCUUGGUCUCCCAAAAAUUUCGAAGUAUCUUCAUGGAGCAACAGAGAAUGCUAACAUUUCCAGACUAUGAAGCUGGGGUCGCUAAAGCAGCGAGUUGGGACUCAGCUGCAUCUGGUAUGGCCCUGAAAAAGAGAGCCAACUGGACUUCCUUUAUAAAGAUUUCCAAGCCUGAGAGAGUAAUGCAAGUACUCCAAGAUCAUGCUGCAAAGACAGUCACACUGGCUCCCUCUCAUCCAACUUUCAUGGCUUCCCAAGAUUUGCAUCAGUGCAACUAUGACCAAAUCUGGGAGGAUAUUUACAACAACACCAAGCUCUACCAGAAUGAAAAUAUGAAGGAAGAUGACCUUUCAAUGGAACGAAAUGAGAAUGACUUAGCACAAAUAAGUCUCAGCCAAUGUGCUGAUGGCUUAGUCAAGCAGAAAAAAGAGAAAAGGUUUAACUAUGCAAUGUCCCUACAACUACUGGGUUUGCAUGAUGGGACCGGGCUGAGGGAUGGGGAUUCUGUCCUGAUGAGAGGGGCCUACUUGUCCUUUCUGUAUCUGCGCCACCUGCGAAUCAGGGAGCUACAGCGCAUCUGCUUAGGAUUGCUGAACUACUUCAGAUCUGUUGAGCGGACACUGACCAUCAACACUGCGGGCCUUACCCUGGUGGCUGGCAACCUGAUCUCCACUGUGGAAGAGAGUUCCUGCGAAAACUUGGCCAAAGGAGGUGUAGGCACCUUGCAAGGCUUAGGAGCUCACCUCUAUGUCCAUGGGACACCUGCUGAGCAAAAGGUCCACAAUGCGCAAUUCAUGGAGUUCUCAGAAGUGGAGAAUCAGGAUGACUACUACAGCUCAGGGUCUGGCUGCAUCCACACCCAGGACCAGCGGGGGCUGCCGGUCAUGUAUGAUGAAGCUUUGCGUGAUCUGGAGGAGCUGGGGGCAGAGCUGCUGCUCGUGGCCAGCCACUACAUCGAGAAAGAGAAAGGUCACAAAGAGGGCAGCGUGUCAAACACUGGCCUGAUCUGGGGCUGGGCCCAUGCAGGUGUGGACAGGUUUGCUGUGCUGUAUGACCUGUGGACUUGGGAAGCGGCUCUUCUAGAAAACAAGCGCCAGCUUCUUGACAGUUAUUUUGAAGCCUACCAGCAUGUGCUGGACCCCGAGGAGAGGUUUGCCUUAGCGCAGGUCAUCACUGACAUCAUGCACAGGCGCCCCAGGUUUGAGCUCAGCCACCCCUACUUCACCAAGGCCUACCGAGAUGAGUGCACCUGUCUGAGGCUCCACGGACAGCUGGUGCAGGGCAUCCUCAACCAGCAGAUAGAAAAUCAGCGGGAGUAUGUCCAGAGGCUUUGGCAGGAAGACCGUGCAGAUGACAGCAAUACGUUUGGAAUUCCACUGAACAUCAUUUGCAAGCAACUUAUUUCCCUAAACAAUAGCUGCCCAGCCUUGAAAAACAUUUAUCUGCUGGAGUUCCACCCUUCCCUGGGUCUGGCUUCACUCAUCCCUAGAGCCCUUGAACACCUCCUCCGGGAGGCCCGCUGUGCCUGCAGACCCACAUCAGCCAGUGCCCUCGCCCUGCUGGAGAGAAGCGUGCUUAAGUUGGCCCUGGAUGUGUGGCUCACCCCGGCCACGCCCGAGGCCUCGUACAGUGCACAGCUUCAGAAAGAUCUGUUUUCAGCUAAAGUGAUGAGUGAUCCUUUUCUCGUGCGGGAGAUAGGCCUGCGUGCACUCAAGUCUGCAGCGGACAAUGGGCAGACCCAAGGCCAAGAUUCCCACGCGCUGCUCCUGGAGACAUUUUCCAAGCUUCUGGAGCUCUUGACCCUCCGCCACCGGCUGAUUGAAAUGAGUCUGGAGAGCGUCUACUUAGCACGCCUCUAUAAGGAAUUGGCAUGGGAGAUGGGUUUUGAAGAAUUCCAUUUGUAUCUGAGGUCUGUUCCCUUUGAAUUUGCAUCAUACAAGGAUAAGAUGGACUGUUCACCUCCUGUCUUUAUAACCUCUCUGCUGGAGGACAGUGAUCGUGUGGACAGAUAUUCUCCUACUACCUUGCUCUUAGCUAUUUCUGAGCUGGAUGACAACCAACUGGGCAAAUUUAGUUUUUAUAAGAAGGAAGCCGUUCUUAAGCUCUUAUUCCAUUCAGGAGUAGAAAAUAUGCAAGUGGCCCUCGCCUGCCAAGCAGUUCAGAAAAAUGCCUUGAUGGUGGCUGUGCAACAGGCAACCUUCUACCACACUCCCCAAGGAGGCCCCGUUGUUGUCAAGGUCAGUCUCUGGCAGCGAAGGGCUCCAGAGGCCUUUGUGUCUUUACAACUGGAAAAGGUGGGACUGCGGGACAUGAUGCUGAAUGCCUUCCUCCUCAAGAAACAAUCCAUGGCUGACAGAAUGAAUAGCCUGGUGAGUGUGGAUGAAAUUGGAAAAGUCAAGCGAGAGGUUAUCAUUGAAUAUUGUCAGAAGUUUAACCACCACAUGUCUCACUACGCUCUCCGGGGUCAGAUCAUGGCGUAUUGCAAUAGUCUGAGAGCCCUGCUGGAAGAUUUCCCUUCCAUCAGGGACACCUAUUUCAUGAUGGGGCAGCGACAAGGAAAGCAGGGGUUGAGGGAUUCCAAGGAGGACCCCAAGCUUGACCCCAGUGGGCCAGGAAAGCAAGUUCAGCUCAAGCUGGGAGACAGCGUGUGCAAAGGCCCAGUGUGGCAGCACAUUCACACCGAGCAGCUCCUGUCCAGGGGCUGGGGAGAGAGCGCACAGUGA